AGGGAUUCGUCCACCAUGGAGCUGCAGCUGUUGGAACACCGGGUGCGGGUGACCAGCAUUGACAAGGUUGGCCUGUGGUUCUACACACACCCCGCUCGUCAAGUUACUCUUCCUGCGGCACCGGACGAGAUGCAAGUUUUUCAGUUUGACGGAAACUCCAGAAGACUACACAGUGAUGCUGGAUGAAGAGGGGUUUAAAGAGCUUGCAAAGUCAGAUUUCCUACAUGUGGCGGAGAACACCUGGAGAGUCCUAAAUGUGCUGUCCAAUGGAAUACAAACUGGAGGGGUUACAAAGAUUGCAAAGUCUGUCAUUGCUCCCCUGGCUGAGCAUAAUGUGUCUGUGCUGAUGCUCUCCACCUAUCAAACGGACUACAUUCUGGUCCGUGAAGAUGAUUUGCCUGUGGUGUUCCACACACUUCUAGGAGAUAUAAAUAUCUACAAGGAAGAGGAUGGAGACUUGGUCCCAAUUGCGAGUGAAGAAAGCAAUGGUGUAAAGACUAGAAACUCGUGUGAUCUUACAGUGCAUCCUGUGCAAAAGUCCAGAAUAAGUUCUGUGUCCUCACCCUGGAUCGUGACACCCUGCCAUCCAUCUCCACCAUUUCUUAGAUGUCCUUUUCUACUCUCAUAUAUCUUGGCAUGAUUCUCCUGUAAAACUUACACAUGACACAAGAAGUCUUUUCAUUUUUUUUGCCUUCUCCUUGAUAGAUGGAUAUAUAUCCAAUGUUAUGGAUUACAGAGAUCAAAGAAGAAGUAUGUAUGAAUUACUGUAUUAUUUAGGAUGUGUGCUGUAACAUUUUGUACAAAUGGUAGACUUUUUUUUUUUUUUUUUUUCUUUUCAAUAUGCUUCAGUAUA